CGAGGGCGGGCUGGGAUAUGGAGGGAACUUGCGGGUGGAGGUCUCAGACAACCUGAACAGCAGCUGAGAGUUCCUGCCCUUAGCACAGCUCUGUGCAGCCUAGCCCCUCACUCUGUCUCCUGUGUGUGUCCAGCAGCCCUGCUCCAGCUGGUUCUUCCCUACCUGCAGGUACCAGAGGUGUCAUCAUCUCUUCUCUCUUGAGAAGCUGCCACUAAUCUAGCAACUACUACCAGUUAUUUACAUUCCUUGGAAGAAUUGAAGAUCAAACACAGAACAAGAUGAGAGAAAUUAUGGAAAUUAGCUUCUAAAGGAGACUUGCCUCUUUCCUUGCUGUCAUGAGAAGACUGAGCACAUGAGCAAUAACUUCAGAACUCCUCUGGGAAAUGUUGCUAUGAAGAAAGAAGUUAGAAAUGACUGAUGUGGAGCCUGUGGUCACAGAUUUUGCAGCAUCGGGAAGGGCAGGCCGUCGAAAUGCCUUACCAGAUAUUCUGGGUUCUCCUGCUGAGGUUGGGGCAGGGUCUUCAGACCUGCCACACAAACUAGCUGAACUUUCUGUGUCGAAAGAUGAAGAAGCAGAGGGUGGAGAAAUAUCAUCCGAAGCCAUGUUGGAAAACCCAGAGAUAGAAGGAAAAUCUAAUCCUAAUCUCUAGAGAUUGCUGGAUUUAUAAUGUCCUUCGACAGAUUUUACAAAUGUUCUGCUUUUCAGAGGUUCCAAGCCCUAGCAGAAACUGUAGUGGUCUGGGCAGGACUAUUCAAGACAAUUGUAUCUGGAUGACAUUAACUUGCAGCCACUACUUAGGGUGUUCAUGCUGUUUUCUACUGUAGUCUAUCAAAAAACAAGUAAUGUACAAAUCACAGCCAGGAAAAAGCUAAAGAAUGUAUGUUUGGGGUUUUUUUAAUUGUUGUCAGUUGCACCAUAUUGAUACUAAUCCAGCCAAACCCUUUUUGAUCAUUUCAAUGAUUAUGGUUAACAGUUGUACACAACACAAUAGCCAUGCUAAAUAUAACUCCGAUUAAUUUUCCAAAUUAUUUUUUUCAGUGACACCAAGUCUUGUUUCCCAUCCAAGAUGAGAUUAUGUCAAGUGUAUUGGGUUGCAGAUAGGGAGGAGAUUUUUCUGACCUUUAAAGAUAGAAGAAACACAUACAUCAUGAUGUACAAACUUUUGUAACUUUCUGAGAUUUUUGUUCUCUUUGGGAAGAGAAAUGGGGUGAAAAAUCCUGAAAUAAAACACGUUUUUCUCCUUUUCUUUUCCAAAAUGUUCUAUAUACAUCGUAAAAAACAAAAAAAAACUUUUUGAAAAUCUCUUCAGUUUAUUCAGCCCUAUCUCCAGGCAGAUAAUCUCUGGGUUCUUCUAUUCCCAACAGUCAUACUCCUUCUGUCUUUUCUGUGCGCAGCCUCAAUACUCUAUUUGUUCAGAUGUAUUUAAAAUAAAAUAGCAACAUUUGUAAAUGAUUUAAAUUUUUUACUCUCGCCCUGGAUAUUAAAUAGAUCCCAUCUCUUUUGUGUUCUUGAAUCUUUGAUGUCUCUCCUGUAUGGCAAGGAAUGAAUCAGAAGUACCAUAGUACACAAUGUUUUUGUUUCAUUUGUGUUUUUUUGUUUGUCCAUUUAUGACAGAGCUAUUCCAUUCAUUCUGGGUUUACUAAAGCGUAUUUAAACAAAGACUCUCUGCCUGCACUAAAAGAUCAUUCAUGUUUUGUUAUAAAGAUUGUAUCCCUGAAAAUAUUUUGUAUGUAUUCCUUUAUUAUUCAGGAUAUAGAGUCACAUAAAUGCAUGCAUUUGUGUUGGAAUCAGAAUCAAUGGUCAUCUGACAUUCUUACAAAGGUAUAGAGUGCAGCUAAUUCUGAUAAUCAGGCACUUUUAUUUGCACAGUGUGUUUCUGUUGGGAGUAUGGCUUACAGGUGGAGGUAUUAAUGAUACAUGGGUAUUGGCAGUACUCAAAGGAUGAUGAUCAUAAAUCCCACAUGGAGCCAGAG